CCUACGGUGUGACGAAACCCCCUCCAGUGUGAUGAAACCCCCUGUGAUGUGAGGAGCCGCCAUGGACCCCCGCAGCCGGGUGCUGUGCGAGGAGGCGGCCCUGCGGCUGCUGCAGAGCUACAACCACUUCCUGGUGCCACCUGAUGUGCACAGCGUGAUCUCGCCCCUGCUGGGGGGUCUGCCGCCCCCCUGCGUGCCGUACUGCCAGCACCGCCCCGCGCCCCCGCCACCCGCGCCCCCGAUGCUAACCCCCCCCUGCGAGGAGACGCGGCGGCGCGGCGAGAAGCGACCAAUCCCGGCCGAGCUGAAGGACGACAAGUACUUCGAGCGGCGCCGGCGCAACAACCAGGCGGCUAAGAAGAGCCGCGACGCGAGGCGGAUUAGGGAGGACCAGAUAGCGUGGCGCGCGUGCCUCCUGGAGCAGGAGAACGCGUCCCUGCGCGCGCACGUGGCGGCGCUGCGGCAGGAGACGCUGGCGCUGCGCGGGCUGCUGGCCGCUCGGGAUGAAGGGGUAGCCGUGGAGUCUACUACUGCUGAUUAA